CCUUAUUUAUUACACACCAAAGUAUAAAACCACCCAGCCCAGCUGCAGUUCUCAUCUUCAGCCCUGGCAUUUGCCUGAGGAGAUCACGGUUCCUGAAGCCCCCAUUAUCUUCCCAAGGAGGCUCUGUGGCUCUAUUGAAGAUCAUGCUUGGGAGUCAGCUCAUCUGUUGGCACCUGUUGGCUUUGUUUUUUCUCCCAUUUUGCCUGUGUCAAGAUGAUUACAUGGAGGUGAGCGGAAGAGCUAAUAAAGUGGUGGCAAGAAUAGUGCAGAGCCACCAGCAGACUGGCCGUAGCGGCUCCAGGAGGGAGAAAGUGAGAGAGCGGAGCAAUUCUAAAACUGGGACUGUGGAUAAUAACACUUCUACAGACCUAAAAACUCUGAGACCAGAUGAGCUACCGCACCCAGAGGUGGAUGAUCUAGCCCAGAUCACCCCGUUCUGGGGCCAGCCUCCGCAAACUGGAGGAGGACUGCCCCCAGACUGCAGCAAAUGUUGCCAUGGAGACUAUGGCUUCCGUGGCUAUCAAGGACCCCCUGGACCCCCAGGACCUCCAGGCAUUCCAGGAAACCAUGGAAAUAAUGGAAAUAACGGAGCCACUGGGCAUGAAGGGGCCAAAGGUGAGAAAGGAGACAAAGGUGACCUGGGCCCUCGAGGGGAACGGGGGCAGCAUGGCCCCAAAGGAGAGAAGGGCUCCCCGGGGAUUCCACCAGAACUGCAGAUUGCAUUUAUGGCUUCUCUGGCAACUCACUUCACCAAUCAGAACAGUGGGAUUAUCUUCAGCAGUGUUGAGACCAACAUAGGAAACUUCUUUGAUGUCAUGACUGGCAGAUUUGGGGCCCCCGUAUCAGGUGUGUAUUUCUUCACCUUCAGCAUGAUGAAGCAUGAAGAUGUUGAUGAAGUGUAUGUGUACCUUAUGCACAAUGGAAAUACAGUCUUCAGCAUGUACAGCUAUGAAACAAAGGGAAAAUCAGAUACAUCCAGCAACCAUGCAGUGCUGAAGCUUGCCAAAGGAGAUGAGGUUUGGCUGAGAAUGGGCAAUGGUGCCCUUCAUGGGGACCACCAGCGAUUCUCUACCUUUGCAGGCUUCCUGCUCUUUGAAACAAAGUAAACAGAUGAAUAGAACACCCCCAUUUUGGAGAAGACUUGUAGCUGAGUUGGUAUUGUUAUGAGACUUAUGUUGAGGGCUCUACAGUCUGUAUUUACAAAAAUGAUUACUAGCUCACUGCUAAUCAUGCUACAAGUCAAUAAUGUUGGAUUACUCAGGGGCUCAGAUAAAUAUAUCACAGUAUUAUCUUCCCAGUUGGUCCUCACAAAUAUACUUAGUACCUUCUUCACUCUUCCCUAGGUAGCUAAACUAGAGCUGUUCUUUGAUGCAGGUUAGAAUUCUUCCCAUCAGAGAAAUCACUGAAGGACUGUUGGUAUUAUUUAUAGUGUCUGCUUUGAGGAGCCCCUGAAAUUCUGAGUUUAUUAUUCUAUAUAAUAUUGCAGAGAAUAGGAUGCAAUGAUCAUGUUGGAGCAGGAGCAAUGUGGGUGCUUACAAGCCCUCGGCACUAGAAACAUGUAUAGCCUGGACUGGAAAGUAACGAUUUGAUCCAGUGGGUCAAUAUUCACAAAAUAAAGUGUAGUUGAUUUUUAAAAAGUAAUUCCAGAUAACUUUCAGAUAGCAAAAGUAUUUACAAUGUCUAUAAAUAAUUGGCUUUUUGUAAAGAUGCUUUUGUAAUUAAUUCUUGACUUCUAAAGGCUUCUACUUUUAGAAACAGAUUCUUCUCAUGACAUAGAAUUGGGCUUAUUAGAAUUGGCUUAUCAGAUUGAUUCUUUUUUGGAAUUACAUUCCUUGAAUUACCAGUUAAAGUAAACUUAGGUCAAUAUAAGACAAAUGUUAGCACAUUCUUUUCUAUUAAUUUGGAAAUUACCUCACCAUAUUUAUGUUUUAUACAUACUAUGUCACAUUGAAAGGGCUGGCAAUUUCACUGUAUACUGUCAACACUAAUAUAUAAUAAAUAAAACUAAUAAAUAAAAACUAUAUAAAACAUAUGAACAUUCCAUUUGAAAGAUACACAAGAAAAUAUUUUUACACUUUACUUAAUAAAGAAUGAUAUUGUUGUGGGAUUCUUGCACAGAGAUGGGACACCAAGGCUCUCUCUAGGAAGUAACUUUAUUUGUAACAGCAUGGACCUAGUGGAUUUGCAUAUAAAGAUUAAGUGGAUUUGCAUCUAAAGAUUAAGCACUCAGCAUUGUGGGUUCUUGCCCUUUAUGCAAGAAUCAUAAAGGGUCUCUGUCUCCUUUAUAUGGUAACACACUAAAAAACUACAGCUAGAUGGGGUACAAUCUAUGUCACAGAGCCUUGUUACAACUACAAGUUGACUAAUAGGAACAAUUACGCCAUGUUGACUUUCUUUUUUUUUUUUUUUUUUUUUUUUUGUCUUUUUUGAGACUGAGUCAGGCUGGCCUUGAGCUCACUUUGUAGCCCAGGCUGGUCUCGAACUCCAAGGAUCCUCCCACCUCAGCCUCCCGAGUGCUGGGAUUACAGGCAUGAGCCACCACAUCCGGCUCCAUGUUGACUUUCUUUACUCUAACAAGGUCCAUAUUCCUUUAGGGAAAGGUCCUGCCACAUGCUUUAGGGGUGGUCCCUAAUAUGAUUUCCUUGAUUACCAUAUUUCAGUGAUGUUCUCAGAGCAGUUUUGAUAUACUAGGCGUUUUGGGAGAUUCCAUUUGGCUUUUGCCUAACUUGCAUAUCAAAAUCUAUUUUCAAUGGAUUAAACUUGCCACCAAAACAAUAUUUAUAAGAAUGGGUCAUAAAUUCUGAAGACAGAAUCCAUAGUACUUAAAAGUUUGUUUUAAAACAGGAAAGUAUCAUUGGAAUGUAUAUUUACUCUACUAUUGAAUCAUAUUUAAAAUGCACUAGUGAGAUGUCUACUUGAAGAAAUACUAUGCAAUGAUUUACCUUUGAAGCAAUGAGCCCUUAUUUCAUUUUCUAUUAGAACUUGAACUUCCACAUAGGCCUUUGAACUAUGGAUUUCCCUGUAUGAAUCAGCCUACAGCUAGUGGUUGAAGACUUAAGUAGGACUCCUUUAUUAGCUAAUUCACUACUUUCAAUGCUCAGUUUUGCUUUCGACCCUUCCCUUUUGAUUCAAAAUUUGUUUCAACCCUUCCUGAAUUCAGGCGUAAUACUCUUUUAAACUGAAUGGAUAUUAGCUAGAAUGUGUUUAAUCAUAAAUAUUUUGUGAUUCUGUAUAUACUUCUUUCCACCAGCGUUGUGAGGUCAUGAGGUUGAUGUUUCCUAUGUCAGAUGUCUUAAUAUUUCAUAGAAGUGCAUUGCCAAUGCCACAAAGUAUUUGAAUGUUGCAUGUUGACCAAAGAGAUUUCAUACCUGAAAGGGGUAUACUACCUAAUAAAUGCCUAAAGACUUUUGACUGGCUUUAAAUAAAACUGUAGCAAGAAACAAUGCAUUGAAUAUAUACAUAUAUAAAAUAAACUCAUGAUUGCUAAAUGUGUCCCUCCUUAAUGUUCUUAAUAAAGUAUAACAGUCAUACAGUCGUAAGUAAUAUGGUUUAAACAAAGCACAGUAUUUUCAUGCAAACCAUGUGAACAGCCAUGUGAAUCAGUGAUGUGAGCACAAAGUACGGUCACCUGUUUUCCCAAAACUCUAAAUUCUAGUUUUUAUUUUAGUAGGGACACCCAAGAUGUGGUUGUAGGCAGGUGGAAAGCUUCGUAGACUUGCAAAUAAGUCCCAGUUUAAAAAAAAAAGUGAUUCACAGGAAAGAAUGGAGAGGGCCAAGGUAACUCUCAGUGUUUUCAGUUUUAUCCAUGACCAUAAUUACACAGUUUUCCCUCCUUAUCUAUUUUGUGUUUUUGUGGCUUCAGUUAUCCAUAGUCAACCCAGGUUCAAAAACAUUAAAUGGAAAGUUUCAGAUAUAAAUAACAUAAAUUUUGAGCUGUGUGUUAUUCUGAAUAGCAUGAUGAAAUUUUGUGCUGAGCAGAUUAUCCUUUUGUCCACAGUAACCAAAACUGUGCGUGCAGUAUUAUCUUAUUCGUCACUUACUAGAUAUCUGAAACUGACUGCUGCCUUACAGUAGUGCUGUGUGCAAGCACUGUUGCACUUAAUAAUGGCCCCAAACUAUAAAAGUAGUGAUGCUAUAAUCUGGAGAUGCCAAAGAGAAGCCAUAAAGUACUUCCUUUAAGUGAAAAGGUGAAAGGUUUCAACUUAGGGAAAAAAUCAUAUGCUGAGGUCACUAAGAGCUACAGUAAUAACAGAUCUUCUAUCUGUGGAAUUAUGAAGAAAAAUAAAUUCUUAGUUUUACUGCUACUCCUCAAACUGCAAAAAUUACAGCCAUAGUGAAGUAAUGUCUAAUUAAGAUGGAAAAGACAGUGAAUUUGUCCACGUGUGUGUAGAAAAAAGCCAUAGGAUAUAUGUGGUAUCUUCCUAUGAUUUGAUCCAACAUAGUAAGAGUACAAUGCACCAUUUGAGAUACCGAGGAAUUUUAUUGAGCAUAUAGUGAAAAAAGUUGAAGUUAAAAUAAAAUUAAAAUGAAUUCAAAUAGGAUGAAUACGAAAAUGGAAUUACAAGAUAUGUGGCUAGAAUUGAUAAACGUGCUUAGUGAAAGAUACUGUAGAACUCCAAGAACUACUGCUGUAUUUAGAAUAGAAUUCACACCUUUUCUGAGUUUUUUCAAUAGUGACUAAUAGAUUAAGGUGGGCAAGGGAGCGAGUAAUGUGAAAUAGAAUACUUUAACAGGCAAGAAGGGCAGAAGGCCAGGCCUCCCAGGACAACAUCCAGCUGACAGCAUGAAAGAAGCUUGUGGAAAUAUUGUAUCUAGGGACAAUAUUUUGUUUUGUUACACUUGCUGUGUCAGUUUUAUAACUACCAUGUUCUUUAAUAACUUUAAAAAAAAUAACUAUAAAAUGUAGUAUAAAAUUAGCUCACCAAAUUUAAAAUCAGCAUUUUGAAUAAGGUCUUUUUUGCACAUAUUUAAGCUUUUAAAAAAAUAGUAAUCAAAUUAGCCAUUUUAUAUGUGCUUUUCCUAUAUCUUGUAUCUUGUUUAUGUGUUAAAAGUACUCUCAAGUAUUAUUUCGGACUACUUGAAAACAUAAUUUUAAUGGCUGCAUCAGUUGUUUACUCUUUUAUUUAGCAUCAUUUUUCUUUUGAGGGUUUUUAAAAAAUUACAAAUAAUGUGUUAUGACCAAUGUUUGUUGCAAAAUAAAUUGUGUCUAUGUAAUCUACUUUGAUUAAA